CAGGAUGAAUGCUCCUUUCCAAGAUGGCGGCGGAGGGAGGAGGGAAGGAGAUGAACGAGAUUAAGACCCAGUUCACCACCCGGGAGGGGCUGUACAAGCUGCUGAGCCACUCGGAGUACAGCCGGCCCAACCGGGUGCCCUUCAACUCGCAGGGCUCCAACCCAGUCCGCGUCUCCUUCGUCAACGUCAACGACCAGAGCGGCAACGGCGACCGGCUCUGCUUCAAUGUGGGCCGGGAGCUCUACUUCUACAUCUACAAGGGGGUCCGCAAGGCUGCUGACUUGAGUAAACCAAUAGACAAAAGGAUAUACAAAGGAACGCAACCUACGUGUCAUGACUUCAAUCACUUAACAGCCACAGCAGAAAGUGUCUCUCUACUAGUGGGCUUCUCUGCCGGCCAGGUCCAACUUAUAGACCCUAUUAAAAAAGAAACUAGCAAAUUAUUUAAUGAGGAAAGACUAAUAGACAAGUCCAGAGUAACCUGUGUAAAAUGGGUACCAGGUUCGGAAAGCCUUUUCCUAGUAGCUCAUUCCAGUGGAAAUAUGUACUUAUAUAAUGUGGAGCACACUUGUGGUACCACAGCCCCACACUACCAGCUACUUAAGCAAGGAGAAAGUUUUGCAGUCCACACUUGCAAGAGUAAAUCCACAAGAAAUCCUCUACUUAAAUGGACCGUAGGUGAGGGUGCCCUGAAUGAAUUUGCUUUUUCCCCCGAUGGGAAAUUUUUGGCGUGCGUGAGCCAAGAUGGCUUUCUUCGUGUGUUUAACUUUGAUUCAGUGGAGUUACAUGGUACAAUGAAAAGCUACUUUGGGGGACUACUAUGUGUGUGUUGGAGCCCAGAUGGGAAAUACAUUGUAAUAGGUGGAGAGGAUGACUUGGUAACAGUUUGGUCUUUUGUGGACUGUCGAGUAAUAGCUAGAGGCCACGGACAUAAAUCAUGGGUUAGUGUUGUGGCAUUUGACCCAUAUACCACUAGUGUAGAAGAGAGUGACCCAAUGGAAUUUAGUGGUAGUGAUGAGGAUUUCCAAGACCUUCUUCAUUUUGGUAGAGAUCGAGCAAAUAGUACACAAUCUAGGUUAUCAAAAAGGAACUCUACAGACAGUCGUCCAGUAAGUGUUACAUAUAGGUUUGGUUCCGUAGGCCAAGACACACAGCUCUGUUUGUGGGACCUUACAGAAGAUAUUCUCUUCCCUCACCAACCUCUAUCAAGAGCAAGGACACACACAAAUGUUAUGAAUGCCACAAGUCCACCUGCAGGAAGUGGUGGAACUAAUCCAGGAAGUAAUGGAAACAGUAUCACAACACCUGGAAACUCAGUACCUCCUCCUCUUCCACGGUCAAACAGCCUUCCACAUUCUGCAGUCUCAAAUGCCGGCAGUAAAAGCAGUGUCAUGGAUGGUGCCAUUGCUGCUGGUGUUAGUAAGUUUGCAACCUUAUCGCUACAUGAUCGGAAAGAAAGACACCAUGAAAAAGAUCACAAGAGAAAUCAUAGCAUGGGACAUAUUUCUAGCAAGAGCAGUGACAAACUGAACCUAGUUACUAAAACCAAAACGGACCCAGCUAAAACUUUGGGAACACCUCUCUGUCCCAGAAUGGAAGAUGUUCCCUUGUUAGAGCCUCUUAUCUGUAAAAAGAUAGCACAUGAAAGACUGACUGUGUUAAUUUUUCUUGAAGACUGUAUAGUCACUGCUUGUCAGGAGGGAUUUAUUUGCACAUGGGCAAGGCCUGGUAAAGUGGUAAGUUUUAAUCCUUAAUGCUGCAUCAAAGAACUAGAACUUUGAAUAGGUAGUUUUCUCAAUAUACCUGAUUUUAUAUCCAAUAGGAUAUAAAAUUUCUUUAUGCUUAAUGUAAAAAGGUUAUUUCCUCAGAGCCAUACUUUUGGAUACUGCAUGCCAUAUUUCUGAAUGAUUUGAAGUGUCUUGGGGUACAUUUCUUAGUUGCCUUCCAACCAGAGAAAUACUGUAUAUCCAAAGUUUGUGUUCCUAUAUUUUCAAACUUUUUUAGUAUAAACACAACAUGGUGAAGACAAAGAUUUAAAAACUAGAUUAAAAGUGUUCAAUCGCUAAAGUAACAAUAUUAGUCAUUCACACAUUUUCCUGUGCUGCUGUUUUCUGUGUUUUGAAAUACUACUGCUUCGAGUCUACCAUGAAAUGCUAGCUUUUUUUUUUAGAAUUUAGGUAUCUCAUCUGAAAACUUAAGUGUUUAACACUACCUUUUUAUGGAUUUCUGGAAUAUUAAUAAAUGUCAGUCAACUUGUGAGCAAACUUUUAAAAACUCUCUGACCAUAUUGGGAAUAAUUUGCAGUAUCUUGCCUGAAAUUGUGUAUCAGUCCUAAAUGCAUAAUACAGUACUAAUGAGGUUUUCUGAACCUGUAUAAAGAUCUUGAUUUUUAUAGGGCUCAUUAUGAGAAGAAUCAUGGCCACGGUUUAAAAAAAAUUCUGCAUAAACAGCUUCAUGUUUGGUCCAAUAGUGUAAUUUUUACUAGUCAAAUAUGCAGGCAAAAAAAAAUUUUUAAUAGGUUUCUUUCAGACAAUCACUUCUAUCAAUUUAAGGUAACACAGUUCUAGGGUUUUUACCCUCCCUUGUAAAAGCCUCUUAAUCUUGAAUACAAUAUUUAUUUUGUCCAUUGCAUGGCAAAUUUUUCUUGUUUUGAAUGAGCCUAAAACUAAUUGCCAGUUUAUAACCUCAAGCACCUUCUAUGCCAAGAUAGCUUUGUUUAACAUUCUCUGGUGAAAUACAGUUCUGAGAAAAAUUACCUAACCAUAGAACCAGCAGGGGCUUGUGUAAAAAUGCAGCACUCAUUAGGCUAUUGCAUUCCUGGAGUAUUGGUCUUAAAUUAUUUGAAUAUUUUCCUAAUUGGACAAUAUAGAUGUAUGUAGUUCAUUAAUCCCAAACUACUUGAUUCUCUAGAGUCAUGUUUGUAGUUGGAGCAACCACUGUGUUCCAGAAAACUAAAAUACAACACAACUAACUUCAGAUUUCUGUUGCAAGGAAGUCUCAGAAUAAAAAAAAAAAGAAUAAAUCUGAUAAUUCAAAGUGGUGAUUCUAGCUGCUUUUAAACCCCAAGCACAUAUUGAAAAAGCUCUUUCUGUCUGGUUCUGAAAUCUGUCCUUAUAAUAUGCACACAUUGAGAACCCCUUCCACUCAGCAUCUGUGCACACUUAGUGGCUAGGUCUACUAAGUCCGAACAUAGUGUAUCUUUCUCUUAAAGGUGGGGAAAGGGCAUUACUUUACCUUUAAAGAUAUUUAGUACAUGAGAAUCAUUAACUCAAAAUAAUGAAGCUACAUUACACUGGAACUACUUUGACUUCUGUGAAUCAGUGCAAGUCACAAACAUUCUCAUGAAAGUAACUUUAAAGAUGUGCAUCAGUGUCUCAGCUUUCUAGGGUAGAAUAUUGCCAUUUUGCAUAAAUGUUAUCCCAGAUUGCGUGUGUAUUACCAAACACUACCCCUUCACGUUUUCUUUCUAUUAACUUAUAAAUUAGGUUUCCUUUAACUGCUGAGCGUAACUGAAUCCAUUUUUGUGCAUUGAUGAUUUAGACUACAACAUCUCAAAUAUUUCAGAUAUAGAGUAUGCAGUACCCAAAAUCAGGAUUUAUGUAUUUGGCUAAUAUGGAAAACUUUAAUUACAGGGUUUAUUGUCAUCCCAAAACCAGGCCAAUUCUCCAAGUGGAACUGUAGUAUAGCCAUCACACUACUGCUAGCGAAUCUUUGAACACAGGACAAGAAGUAAUGACAGUGGAACCAGGAGCUGUUCUUCAUGCAGAGAGCAUCAGAAAUUAUAAAAUGGCAGAGUGUAAACUUGGAAUUAUGUGAAUCACAUAAUACUUUGCAAAAUAAUAAUGUAAUGAAUUCUUAGUAUGACUAAUACUUCUAGGCUGCUCACCCAAAGAAGAAUUUUCCUUUUAAAAAAGAAAUGCUUCAUUUGGUGUUGCAGUAAAAAUUAUUUUUUUCUCAGUUUUCUUUAUACUUUUCAAGUUCGGUGUAAUUUAAUCUAUAUAUAUAUAUAGAGAGAGAGAGAGAGAGAGAGAAAGAUGUGUAAAAUAAAGUGUUUCUUAAAUCCAAGUAAGUUCAAUGGUUAUAUAAAUUAGUACUUCACCAUUGUUUGUUUUUGCACUGAUUUUUUUUAACCAGAGAUGGUUAGAAGACAGCCUGGAAUGCACUCAUGGAAAACGAAAGUCAUUACUUUCUGGCUUAAAAAUGUAAUUCAGGAAGAUGGAUGCUGCAAUCAUAGGUUUUUUUUAAUUAAAAUAAAAUUGUUUGCACUUAAAUAGUUUAAUGCUAGUAGAGAAUUACUUUAAAAUGGGUAUUCAGACACCCAGAAAAGCUAUGUUGUGGAGAAAAGAUAUCCUUUGUAUCUAUGAAACAUUUAUUUUAAUAUUGUUUCCAAUUGCAAUCAGCUCUGUAUUAUAUGUAUAAAUGUAAUUCAGUGAUGGGGAGGAAAAUGGAUCAGUACACUAGUAAUUUUCAUCAUCUAAAAGAUAUUUCUAAUUCUGAAAAUACAUAUUAAACUAUCUUGAAUAUGCAGUUUUGUUUACAUUCUGUUUUAAAUUGGAUCAAUUUUGAUGUAAUCAAUCUUUUGAAUUAAAUGUUGGGUACAGAAAUACACUCUAAUCCUUGUAGAACACAUUCCUUUUCAUUAAAACUUUUCGCAUCAGGAACACUUUCAUAUUUAAUGUUGCUUAAUUGGAUUAGGGAAAUGAAAUUAGAAAAUUUCACCUGCACUUCUUCCUAAUACAAUUUACCUCGGAAUACAUUUUCCAGACAUUAAAAACCAAUAUUUACUAAAAUAGGAGCCUCAGAUUUUUGCAGUAUAGUGAUUUCUUCUGAUGCCUUUUAAUAGUUGCAUUUUAGUGCAGUUUAAUACUGUACUUGUCUAAAAAUUAGAAGUUUUAAUCUUAAUUGUUGAAUUGAAUUGACUUUCAAGCUAGUGCUUCUUAUGUAGACAACUGUGAUAGUGUAGUAGGUGCAUACACUUUAAUUUUUACAAUCUAAAAUUAGGUACUAAAAUAGUGGAGUAGAUUGUAUUUUAGAACAACUUGCUGUGCUAAAAAAAAUCAGAUGUCCUUGCUAUCAAUUUAAAAUUUGAGGUAGAUAUAUCCAAGUAUUUUCAUAAUCUAGUGCUACUUGAUAGUGGUUGAUACUAAAUUGAUUUUUAUUAGCAAAACAGGCCAUUUCAUCCCUUCCAGUAUUUUCUGCAAGGGGGUGAAGAAUGCGCUACUCUAGAUCAAAAUCCAGCAGAAAGGGUGAUUGAGAUGAUAUGGUGACAUCUCACUUCCUCUGCCCUGCUUAAGCCCCUUCCGACUCUAUUGUUGGGCUUCUUCUGAACUUUGCAGAUGUGCAGGUAGGAGGUGAUAUAAGCAACAGCCUUCUUAGCUCUGCUCUGGGAUUCAUAUCCUUCAAAAUGGAAGGACUUUCCAAAAGUCAAUUUAAUGCUGAUACUGAAGGCAUGAUCUGGGCCUAAAUUACCAACAAACUUUAUCCCAGGUUCCAACAACAUCUUUGUUUAAAAUUUAUAGUUGGAUAGAAUUUUCUUUAAUCACUAAUACUCUACUGUCAUUUUAGAAUAAACUACAUAAUUAUACAUAGAAUUAUAGAGUUAGAAGGGACUACGAGGCUCAUCUAGUCUAACUUGCCAAGAAAGCAGGUUUGUUGUGUCUCAACCAUCCAAGACCAAUUGCUAUCCAGCCUCCUUUUGAAAGCCUCUAUGAAGGAGCUUCCACAGCCUCCCUAGGCAAUCGGUUGCAUUGUCCUAUUGUUAGGAAGUUUUUCUUGAGAUUUAGUCUAAAUCUGUUUGCAGCACUGGAGAAGCUCAAACUUUAGCAAGCCUCAUGUGGUUCUACAUACCAGUUUUAUAAAAGUUAAAGCCUCACUCCUGCUCCCACUGAAGAUAAAUUUUGCUGUUUACUUCAAUGGAAGAAUCAUCAGACCUGUGAUUUAUGCAGUUCAGGUUUAUUUAAUCCUUGAAUAUAAACAAACCAGGUUGAAAAUGUCAAUUUAACAAUCAUUAAAAUUCUAAUUUUACCUUCCUUAUUUAAAUGUCUCCAAAUUUGAUUUAGGUAAAUAUGGAAAUAGUGAGACACUUGGUUGCAAUAUAUUUUAAAUUCUUAAACUGAUUUUUAAACAUACAGUAGAGACAGAUUGAGUAUCCUAUUACCAAAUGCUCUGAGCCAGUCACCUCCUGGGUUGUAUUCAGAUCACUAACCAAAUUAGAAAAGACAAAGUUGUUACCGUCUGACAACCAUUCACUGGUCUAUGUAAAAUGGGCUGGUCUGUGGAUAGCUUUCUUUAUCAUGACACACAUUGAUUGGCACCAUUGGCAUAGAAACAAAGCACUGAAUAGAAACCAAUUUUCUGUCCAUCUUCUGUAAUAAGGGUUAAAAGUACUUUGUUUAGAAGAAACUCCUCCUUCCCCAUGUUUAGAAACUUCCAUGGCUGCACCCAAGUCAUAAAUUCUUUUGCUAAAUAGACUUCAUUUCUUGGUUUUGUUAUUCCCGCACCCUUCACAAGUCUUCUAGGUAAGAAGUAGACUUGAAAAUAUCACCCUUUCCCUAAAUAUAUUUUUAUUGUGACCAUGUUCUGUGAACACAACAAGCACUUAAAAGAAGGGUGUCAGUCUGUCCUGUUUUCAAGCUGUAAGACUCAUACUUGAAUGAAAUUGAUUAUCAUUUUGUCUCAAAACAAGCUUAGAGAAGCAAAGUAACUAGAACAAACAGUUUAAAUACUAUAUUUUUGGGUCAAGUAAUUGCAAAAAUCGAUGUCCAAAAACUAUUUACAUGUAAUUUUAAAAAAAUCCUAUGGGGAGUAUGAAAAUGAAUUGGCUUUCCACCUAACCAUUGCAGCACUGGGCUACUUGCCUGAGAAUUUGAAAGUGAAAUUGACUAGAAAUCAUAGAUGUGGAUAGACUAGGUAGUUUUAAACUGACAUGCAAAAAAGUAAACAGCAUAAAUACAGUCACUAUUUAAUUUGUCCUAUUGCCCUAUUCCAAGUGCUCUGGUAUUCAGAAUAUUAUUCUACAUUUGCAUGUAGAGACAACUAGUCUUAAACCUGAAAUAUUGAAUAUAGUUCAAAGGAUGAAAGGAAUUCUUCAGUGAAAGUGCGGUCACUUGAAAAGAUCUAUCUAUUUAAGACCUUAUUCAGCAAAACACUUAUGAGCAUAUUUAAUUUGAAGAGACUGGAGCAUGUGCUUAAUUUUAAGCACAUACUUGGGUAAUCAGUCCCUGCUCAACAAAGCACUCGUCACUCUCUUACCAUGGAAGGAACCCAGUCCAGCAUGCCUCAUUCAGAAUGAUCCCAGGAAAUACGCCCUUUACAAAUCUGCCUUUUAACAACAACCCCCAAAGUUUUGACAGAUCAAUAUUUGAACUCUGGAAAUAGACUGGCAAUUCUAAAGUCAGAUCAUGCAUCUUCUGGGUGUACAUGUUCAGCCUCUAGUGUGGAUAAUUGGUAUACAAUACAAAAAAAACACAGCAAGCCCUAUCAUUGCACAAUAAAAACAGUGAAUAUCCUAUUUUGAUUAUUUUGUAUUUUGCAUAAGUUGUGAUAUAAUUUAAAAUAUUUCAAUGUUUAUAUAGUGUAUUGAUCAGAACAAGACAUUCCUAAAAUUUUAGGAAACAAAAAAAAUCCCAAAAUUUUUAAACAGGAGGAGAAAAUACAUCAUUGCAUAUUGAACACAAGUCAUUUUUUGCACUAAAGCAAACUGAUUGCUGGGUGAGAGGAAAUUAUAGCAUGACUUUGCUUGGCAAGGUUACUCUAUAAAAUGGCAUUGUGGGGUUCCAUGUUUCUCAGUUAAUUCCCAAUUUGCUUAUUUUACAAUUGAAGAUUUUUCUAACUCCUAGCCAGACAAGCUCAAGCUGGGUUCCCUAAAUGUUAGCACCCUUCGUAAAGGUUCUGCAGGCCCAAGUAUGCCCUCAUUAACUUUAUGCAAUCCCCAGUGCUUUCAGGGUUUACAGUGACAUACUGGACUCUAUUUGGAAUUUAGUAAAUAGUUCUAGAAAUAGAAUCGAGCUCCCAUUGUUGGCUGUAUUGGUUCUGGGGGUCUAAAAAGAAGUAAAAGCAGAGUGUAGUCUAUGACAAUACACAAAAUCAAAAAGGUGCAUUUUUACAUAUAUUCAAAUCUGAAGAGACUACACUUAAAUUUUCAUACUUGGAACUAUGUCACUUCUGAUAACUGGUAUUCAUGCUAAAGCUAGUGAUUGCCACAUUGACAAGUUGGUGAAAAUGAGAAUUUUGCAUCUGAACAAAAUGAACAAGAUUGGACUUUUAUAUAGAUGAGUCCUUUUUUUAAAAGCUGCAUAUUAAAUUGUCAGAAGUAAAACUAAUGGCUUGCACAACUCUCUGUAUGUUAAUACAAAUUCCAGGUAGACAAAUGAAGGCAACUGCCAUGCAUAUGAAAUUAAAUAAAACUGUUUAAAGAUUAACUAACAAAUCAAUGUUGUAUGAGUUUUAUUAGUGCUGUAGAUAACUCAGGUAGCUAAUUUGUUAGCUUCCUCAGUUGAAACUUCUGAUGUUUGUAAAGCACUGUAUCUAUUUCAUA